GUCUUUAAAAAAAAAAAAAAAAAGGAAAAAGAAAAAGAAAAGAAAAAGUCCAGAGGCUCAAACUGAUGAUGGGUCUGAAGUUUUUGCUACCGUUUUUGAGCGUCUUGUGUUUGGCCGCAGCCGCUUCAAAGCAGAGCUGUGGGAAGCGGAAACUGGCAGGGCCGCCUGGGGCAUCCCGGAUAAUUGGUGGCCAAGAUGCCACAGAGGGAGCGUGGCCCUGGCAGGUCAGCAUCCAGUUCCUGGGUACGCACUUCUGUGGAGGGACGAUCGUCAGCAGCAAGUGGGUCGUCUCUGCAGCGCACUGCUACCACAAUUACAUAUGGCACAGCAGCUUCUUGACCGUGUUGGUGGGAAUAACAGCGCUGUCCAGGCCUGGGCCUCACUCCCAGAGACGCGGCAUCAAAAACAUCAUCAUACACGAGAACUACGACUUCAACACAUCCAACAACGACGUGGCGCUCCUGCUGCUCAAGACCCCCAUCUUAUUCACAGAUUACGUCCAGCCGUGUUGCUUUCCGAUGAGCAUGAGCCACCAGGUCGCCCUCAACCUGAGCAACUGCUUCAUCACCGGCUGGGGGAGCAUCAACUACAAAGGUGGAGCAGUGGACAUGCUGCAGGAGGCUGAGCUGGAGCUCAUUGAGACGGUCAGAUGCAACCAGAGACACUGGUACAACGGGUUGAUCACAGAAAACAUGCUGUGUGCAGGAAUGCUCUCUGGAGGAGUUGACACUUGUCAGGGCGACAGCGGAAGUCCACUGCAGUGCUACAGUGAGAAAGACGACAGAUACUACCUAAUAGGCGUGACGAGCUUCGGGGAGAAUUGUGGACACCCCCACAGACCAGGAGUCUACUCAAAAACCAGCUCGUUUGGAAAGUGGUUUAUAGAAAAUCAGCUGAAAGGUAGAGCUUCUUCACACAUGCUCUCCAGCACGCUGAUAUCGGUUCUGAUAUUUGCUGCCUUGACAAUGUUCUGAGACGGUCACUCUUUUGUUGCAAAAGACAGAAUCACUAAACCACUAUGCAAACAUGA